CCUAGCUCAAACUUUCUAUUUGAAGGUGAGAGAAAAUGGGAACUACUUGGCUCUUAAAACGUUUAACUAAGCCAGUCUCAAAAACCAACGAGAGCCAGGGAUUCGGCCUACUAAGAGAUCAUUUGUCCUGCACCUGCAAGGCCCAGAUCCUCAAAAAGCAGAACACACUAGACACAUGCACAGAGAAAACCCGGCAAGGUGCCCACACUUGUAAUCCCAGCACUGGAGAGGCAGAUGCCAUUGUGAGGCCAGUCUGGGCUGUGUAGUCAGACACAACAAACAAUCUCUUAGAACACUUUCUUCUCUGUAAUCCUAGGGACCCACUGGAGUAAUCCUCAUGUAAUGAUUAAAAAAAAAAAAAAAAAACAAAAAACUUAAAAUUUCUGAUUGUGACACGUGGUGGCCUUUCUACUAUGAGCCCUGGAACAGUGUGGAAAAUUUCCUCCUCCAGGCCAAAUGUUUUUGCUACCACUACAAACGUGUAGAGCAUUUUAAAGACUAGAAGUUAAAUCGCUGUUGACAACAGGAAUUGGCCUGCAGAUGGAGAAUUUGGGACCACGACUCUAAAGACUGUUUCCAGUUUCCUCGCUCAAUGAGAUGCCACGGUGGAGCUAGGCCCUUCAAAAUGGCAGCUGUGGUCAAGUUCCAAAAAGGUCUGACAUCUUUUUAACACACUAGCAAAAUAUGGGGCUGUAUCCCGGCAGAACUGAAAGAGAAAAGUCCGAGGGCUCAGCUGGCCACGUGCUGCUACACUUCGUGUUACAUCGGACCGUGUUAAGUCGGCACCCGGGCUAUGCACAGCAAGAGUUAGCGCAGCUCCAGGGUCCCGGGGUGAGAUGCCGAAGGAGCAAACCAACAUGGUAAAUCGCGUCUCCAGGUGGUUUUUACCGACUCCAAGAUGCCUUCAUUGCUCUGCUCCGAUAGGUGGAAAAAACAGCGAUGGUCUGAACUUCUAAGUUCUUAGGUCCACUCGGCCUUGUGUCCACAGAGCUGCGGACCAUUUCAGCAGGCUACACUCCCCUAGUAGGCGGCCAUGACAAGGCUCCCUUGGCGCGAAUUACAAGGAAACCCACGAAACACUUAAAAAAGAAAAUUCCAUCCCAAAGACCCGGAGUGGAGUUACUAGGGAAGGGCUGUACAGGAACUUGGGGACUCACUCGAGGAACUGGGGACUGGGGCGUCGCACCUGGACACAGGAGACAAAAGUUAGGGGGGUCCCACCCAGGGGUCGCCAGCACGCUUUCUGCCCGAUUGGCGGAAGCGCUCAGACUUUUCUUUAUGGCGUCACCGAGUACCUGCCUGUAGGAAGGCCUCAGCUGCGUGACGUCACGCCGCACUGACCAAUGAACGGCCCGAGCCGGCGGGCCCCGAGGAGGGUUGUGGGCCCUUCUUUUUGUGAAUGAAGCUCCACGGAACAUCCCUCCUGGGGGUCCCCGGGAGCCGCGGCCCGCUAAGCUCGGACGCCCAGGCAGCAGCGUCCCAGGGCGCGCGCGCUUUGCCCCAGCCGCCGGCCAGCGCUGUGUGGCCCCCGGGGCGCGGGCAGCGGGAAACGCAGCUCGAGGACUCGGGCCGGGCUGCCGGGCCAUGGUCGCGGUCCCCUGACGGGCCGCGGCCGCCUCCAUGAAGCGCAAGAGCGAGCGGCGCUCGGCUUGGGCUACCGCGCCCCCCUGCUCGCGCCGCAGCUCGUCCGCCUCUCCUGGCGUGAAGAAGAGCCGCAGCUCCACGCCGCAGGAGCUGCACCGCCUAGAGCAGCAGGACGACCUGUACCUGGACAUCACGGAUCGCCUUUGUUUUGCCAUUCUCUACAGCAGACCAAAGAGUGCGUCAAACGAACAUUAUUUCAGCAUAGAUAAUGAACUUGAGUAUGAGAACUUCUAUGCUGAUUUUGGACCACUCAAUCUGGCAAUGGUUUACAGAUAUUGUUGCAAGAUAAAUAAGAAGCUCAAGUCCAUUACAAUGCUGAGGAAGAAAAUUAUACAUUUUACCGGCACUGAUCAGAGAAAACAAGCAAAUGCCGCCUUCCUUGUUGGGUGUUACAUGGUUAUAUAUUUGGGAAGGACUCCAGAAGACGCAUAUAGAACACUAAUCUUUGGAGAUACAGCCUAUAUCCCUUUCAGAGACGCUGCCUACGGAAGCUGCAGUUUCUAUAUUACACUCCUGGACUGUUUUCAUGCAGUAAAGAAGGCAAUGCAGUUCGGCUUCUUUAAUUUCAACGCAUUUAAUCUCGUUGAAUAUGAACACUAUGAGAAAGCAGAAAAUGGAGAUUUCAACUGGAUAAUACCAGAGCGGUUUCUUGCCUUCUGUGGACCUCAUUCAAGAUCCAGGCUUGAAAGUGGUUACCACCAACAUUCUCCUGAGACUUACAUUCCAUACUUUAAGAAUCACAAUGUAACUACCAUUAUUCGUCUGAAUAAAAGGAUGUAUGAUGCUAAGCGCUUUACGGAUGCUGGUUUCGAUCACCAUGAUCUUUUCUUUCCGGAUGGCAGCACCCCUGCUGAGGCAAUUGUCCAAGAAUUCCUGGAAAUUUGUGAAAAUGUUGAGGGUGCCAUUGCAGUGCAUUGCAAAGCUGGCCUUGGUCGAACAGGUACUCUGAUAGGCUGCUACCUCAUGAAGCAUUAUAGGAUGACGGCAGCCGAGAGCAUUGCCUGGCUUAGAAUCUGCAGACCCGGUUCAGUGAUUGGGCCCCAGCAGCAGUUUCUGGUCAUGAAACAGUCAAGCCUCUGGCUGGAAGGCGAAUAUUUCCGUCAAAAGUUGAGAGGGCAGGAGAAUGGACCCCUGAGAACAACCUUCUCCAAACAACUCUCAGAUGUUGAUGACAUUUCAAUAGAUGGGCUUGAGAAUCAAGACAAGCAAGAGCCUGAGCCGUAUAGUGAUGAUGAUGAAAUCAAUGGAGUGACACAAGGAGAUAGACUUCGGGCCUUGAAAAGUCGGAGACAGUCAAAAGCCAACGCUAUCCCCCUCACAUGCCCCCUAGCUGUGCUGACCUCUGCACUGUGUAGUGUUGCCAUCUGGUGGAUUGUGUGUGACUACAUUCUUCCCACCCUGCUGUUCUGUCUUGAUGGCUUCAGAACACAGUAGCCAUCCGGACCCUUUGACAGAUAGUUUGCUGUUCCAGCUGUUUCAAGGACUAAGAGUGUCUUGCGUUAAAGUAAAAACCCAGUGACCAUCACUCCAGGGAACAGAAAACCCCAACAGGAUUUAGCCAAUCAUCUGAGAACAAAACAGACUCUGCAAAAGCCUUAGUUUCUUUCCACAUGAGAAGUUCAUUCAAUGAAGAAAACAUCACUGGCCCCUCAGCCACUUACUGACUUUGGGUUGUGGCUGAGCCAUUUGAGGGCUGGACUCUCCCUUCUGUAAUCUCAAGUUGGAUGAAAGCUGCUGUUAUAAGUUUAGUCUCAGGUGUCAAUACCCAGCCCUCUGCCACAGAGAGCUGUCUGGUGAGUGUGGUAUAUGUGUGUUCUUGUGAUGGCAAUCGUGUUAGCUGCUGGCCUUCAGGAGAGUGGAGGGUGUGCUGGAGGUCUCUUGGUGUAUUUAUUUUUUGUUCAGCCUGUGACCCCGUCCUGCAAUUUAUAAACAUGAAAGGAGAUGAGCAUCUCUCCAAUGGUACCCUCCUUCUUAAGAUAUGAUUUGGUACAAUCAGUUUCACUUUACUCUUGUUAAUACUGUUGUGAUGUUCACUGUGUGAAUUACCCAAGCUGCUUGUCUUUCACCAAAGAGUGCUUUAAUAACAAUCUGUGAAAACUGCAUUUAAACACUGUUAUGUGUUGUUGUGGUUACUAAAACCUGCUAAAGAAUGUUGAUAGAAUAUUUGAACCUUUUCUCAGUUGAAAGGUUACGUAAGUCCUUCCUGUGUCAUUUAGGAUGAAGAUUUCGGGACUGGGACGUUGGGUUGCUCAGUCACACAUUAGAAUUGUGUUUCCUCCAGUACAUUAAAACCAAACAGCAGUGCUGCUUGUCUUAGAAAAGCACCCUGAAUAAUGGUGGCUUUAAAAACAAAAUUGUCAGCCCUUUGUAGAGUCUUUCUCCGUAAUGCUGUGGAGUUUUGUUUUGUUUUUUUUUCUUGUGAUUCACAGUUUGAUUUCAGCGACAAUUGCUUGCUUCUGGAGUUAGGCUGUUUGUGUAAGAGAACUCACUGUUGCCUUGGGUUAGGGAAUAUGACUAGAAACUGUAGUGUGCCUUCUCUCUUCACCCCUGCUGGAAGCCAGCCGGACCUGUGCCAUGAAGCAAUCGCAAAGCCAGAAUUUAUCUGCUGCCAAAAAGAAGAAGACAGAGCUAAUAAUCAGAGAAUACUUUAUGGUUGUCUUAGUUACGUCCACAAUAGAGGAUAAUGGUUUUUACUCUUCCCAGUUUGAAGACUGGAAAAAUGCAAUGUUGAAAGCCAUUGAGAGCCAAUGCCUUCCUAAGACAGAUGAAUGUGCCAGGCUUCCCGCUUGAAAAGCAGCCUUCCUUGUAGUUGUAAUGAACAGGUUAAAGUCUGGUAAAUUUAAAAAAAAAGAAAGAAAGAAAGACAGUGGGUCCCCAUUUCAGUGUUUCUCUCCUCAAACUGUGGCAUUGGCUGACAUUGGGUUGGGGGCCUGGGAAUGUCAAUGUAGAAUCCACACAAAGAGUCCCUCCCCAGUUAAACACUGGAGAAAGGCAGCUAAGACCUAGGUAAGAGGACAAACAUUUCAUUUACUGAUAAUGUUCAAUCAGACUGUACCUGAGUCUAAAGUAGCAACUUCUUAGGAUAGUUUUUCCUCCAUCUGAACCAAGCUGGAUUUGUCCUGUGUAUCAGGAUGAGUGAACGGGGCCUGCCCACUGUGGUUCAAAGUGAUUGAGUUUGGGAAUAAACCACUUGGGCUUCAGUGAUAACCAUAGUGCUUUUUAGAAAUUGCCCCUUUGUGUUGGCGGCUCCAUUCAGCUAGAAUUGCUACUACUGUGGCUCUUGCUAAAAUUCCCUCUCUUGCUGAAGUUACUUAGGAAACGUGAGUUGGUAAGGACACAUUCCCAGGAAAACCUACUCCAGAUUCUGAGGUGAUAACUCUGGGGAUGGACAGUCACCAGCACUGACUGGUGACACCUAGGACCCAGGAAGUCUGGAUCGGACUAAUGGAAAAUCCUUCCUGCUGUGAAAUAGUGCACAACCCCUCCCCAACUACAACUACCCAGAACCUGCUGGGUUAGAAGACCCUGCUGCUACAGGGCAUGAACCAGUGAGUGUUGAUUGCAGGGGCCCCUUUAAUUUAAGAACUUUAAAUAGCUUUGAAAGUGCAUCAGAACCUCCUCUAGCAGAAUUAAAAUUAGAAAGUACAUGUAUAGGUGCCCUUGAAGCUUUUGGGGGACUGAGACCACCCAGAGUUCAAGAGGAAUGUCUGCAGAGCUGGAUUUUAGGACUCACAGAUUAAUACAGUUCUGAGGCCCAACUAGAACUCUGUUGCCAUGAGGCAAGAAGGAUGGGCCCUGAGCAGCGCCACGUUCAACGGCAGCAGUAUUUGUCUCACAUGGCCGUGUGCUGCUCUUCCUCAGAACUUCCCAGCUGUAACUUGACCCCCGAGAUCAGCCCUAACCAUUGUCCCGCCCCAUGCCCUAUCACCUCACCCCACAGGUGGCUUCUACCUCUUGGCUUGGGUCAUAGAGGCUUUCCCAAGUGUUCUCAUGAGGCUCUUGGAGUAUUUUUAGGUCUAACAGACCUUUCCAGCUUUCUGAGUAACUUGUGCCUAGAAUUCCUUAGGCCUCUGUUAGCUUGAAUCGCUGUCUAUGACAAAUAUUUGUUCAUUUGGUGUGUGUCCUAGAAGUAACAGCUGCUUUUCUUCAUAUAUUUUCUAAAAGUUCUUGCCACAUUUUAGAAAGCAGUUGGCCAAAAACCUUAAAACCUAUUUUCUUUAAGAUUUAUUUCUCUUCCACUGAAAUGUCUUGCAUCUCCCUUUAAAUCUGAGUGUUCCUCAUAUCACUGAAUGGAAAUACUACAGGUGUGUUAAAAAGACUUGCCUAUACUGUAUAAGAAAUUACCUCCUUAACGAUCCAAUAGAACUCACUGUGGAUAGACAUGUCCAUCAGAUUAGAAUACUGCAGUUUUACAUCCAUUGUUUGAAGACUUUAUUGUACACUCAUGUACAGAUGAUUAAGUGAAGUUUUAAGGUGUAACUGAUGAAUCAGUAUUUGAUCAAUCAUUGUCUUGAUAUUUUAUUAAAUUGUAUAUUUCUAAUCAUAUUUUUAAAGCUGAGAGAACUGGUUGGAUGUUUAUUCUCCUGAAGGUAUUUUUAAGAUAAAGCUUCACCCUAGCCUGUAAACUUGGCACAUACAUGUAGUUUUUGAUACUUCUUGUUGCAUUUGAAAAUCUUGUGUAUUGUAAAAUGGUUUUAUACAAAAUACUAAAUGGUAGAAAUUGUAUAAUUUACAAUCAUAAUUAAAAAUAUUAAACAGUU